GAGUCCCAGAAGCAGACCGCCAUCCCGGAGGUCCUGCCCAAGGCGGGCCUGGUGUACUCCGAGAAGGGCAACCUGUCCGAGGUGCUGUGCAAGCCGAAGAUCAUGCCGAUCAAGUCCAGCGCCCUCGAGCGGAUCGAGCAGAUGGAGCGGGACUUCCAGGAGUACGCCCAGCAGCAGCCGCAGGAGGGCGACGGCCGGUGA